CAUUCUACGACUGCUGCUGAUGCCAGUGGCAUAAAAGUUGGGGAAGAACUUGAUGACUGCUCAUCUACGGAUACUGCCAUGGAAAGGAUGGGGCCAACUUAGCUUACGUCAAUCUCGGCAUGUAUUCCAACCGACCUCUCGGCUGCGGCUUCAAGCAGGCCUCUCGCCGAGCUCACGCCCUCCGCCGCGGUCUUGCAACCGCUUCAGAAGGAGAUGUUGCCGAAGCCAGGAAAUAUUGUCUGAACCAACUCAGGCGUGGUGACUAUGAGGCCUACCUCAUCCGGCAUUUCAUUCCACGGCCGGCGCAGGAUGCCUAUGAUGCCCUCCGGACGCUGAACCUCGAGCUCGCUCGCCUGCCUGAGACCGUGUCAAACCCAACGAUAGGCCGCUUCCGGAUGCAGUUCUGGCGCGACUCGGUGAACAGCACCUUUGCUGGACAGCCUCCACGGGAGCCCAUCUCGAUCCUGUUGCAUAGCGCCGUGGCAAGCCUUGCAGCUCGGGCAGGCAGCAGCAGUGCGAGCUCGGUCAAAUUUUGGCUCCUGCGUCUGAUUAAUACGCGGGAGAAGCAUAUGGAGAACAAGCCCUUUCCUAGCUUGGCCGCCCUGGAAGACUACGCAGAGAACACGUAUGCCACGCUGAUAUACAUGACCUUCGCGAUGAUGCCACUGCAAUCGGUACAUAUGGAUCACCUGGCGAGCCACAUCGGUAAGGCAUGUGGCAUCGCCGCGACGCUGCGGGGCAUUCCUGUUCUUGCCGGACCGUCACAACCCGUUCAGAGUCCACUCGGGUCGAGUGUCGGAAACACAAGGAGCCCAGCGUUGCUCCUUCCGCUCGAUAUUAUGGCCGAGUGCGGCCUGAAAGAGGAGGAUGUGUUUCGCCGGGGUCCUCACGCCGAAGGACUACAAGAUGCCGUCUUCCGGGUUGCGACCCGUGCUAAUGACCACCUCAUCACGGCACGCCAAAUGCUGAAGAACAUGCAAUUAGGCGAGGGACCCGGGCACGAAUACGAGCACCAAGGGGAGCCGGAGCACGUCUAUUCAACCACGGCUCAUAGCCCGGAGGGCACGCAAGGCGAUAUAAGGCGGGGCUUUGGCGUGUUAUUGGAGGCGGUUGCUGCCGGAGACUACCUGCAACGUCUGGAGGGCGUCAAUUUCGACCCGUUCAAGGUCAGGAGUAGUUGGAGGCUCCCCUGGGGACUUUGGAAGGCGCUCAGACGUCACGAAAUAUAAACUCACACGGUCCGCUGGGUCGGAGAUGCCCCUGACCGUCUUGAUCCCCCUGUUCUCUCGGGGACAAACAUUCAAUGUGCCAUACCGCUGUUGCAUUCAGCUCACCGACCUGGAAUUGGAGCCGACCCUCACAUUGUGUACUGACUUGCCAG